GUGAGGUACGUCAGCUAGCUCGUCGUUGUAUGUAGGAGACCGCACAUUAUGGAAAACAUGACGAAGAAAGACCGGCCGGCCGUCGUAGUAAGCGAAUAAUUAAGUGACUGGGAAACAUUUUCAGUGAAUGAAAUUGUAAAUCCCACCUUUGUGAUUCUUGUACACCGCGUACGGUUUCUGUAGAGGGGCCACAACUAGCUGCACAGGACAUGCGUGUGGUAGACCGGCCGAAGUAGUAACAUCAGACACUAAAAAACUACGUUUACCGGUGUCUGUGAUUACCACAUGGGACAAAAUUACUCUGGAAUUGUCUGCGUAGCGCAGUCUGUUUUGUGAUAACUGAACUCAAGAUUAUUUGAGCACUGCCACUGGGAUUUAGCUCUUCGUCACCACGAGGGGAGGUGUUUUACAGCCACAGCAAGGAUAUAUCCCAUGUGUUCAUCAGGAACCUUGGAAUCUGAAAAUCCCAGGAAAUUGAAUCAGUAACCAACCCUGUUGUCUGAUCUGUUACGCAUAAAGUGGUCUUCAGUCGAAGCCCCCAACGAGGGAGGCUGUGUGUUGGUUUGGCAGACAACCAGCAACCUAGAACUUUGCACCGUCCGAGAGCACACAGUGAAGUGUGUUUUGAUUUCAUGCUGAUAUAAAAGCACCAUCGCAUCACUCGCCAGACAUUGAACACGGGACCCCACUCUUCAGAUUGUGCUGUUUUUUGUUUUGUCAAGGGUGACUUGCCACUGAAUAGCUACGGCCAUGAGAUCGGGUCGAGUCUACUAAAGAGUUUCCAGCGAUCUAGAAUGUCUGAAAGCUCCUCAUCUGAAGAGGAGAUCCUGGUUUGUCCCCCAGGGUACGGCGUCACAUUCACUAUUGGGGGACUACCCUUGAUGGCCAGCACGUUAGCCAACGCUUUACCCUGUACAUCCACCGGAGAAACUUGCAAUGACACCAACAAUAAACUCUGCCAGGAAUGGCUCGAGGACGAUAACCGCCGACGAGACCUGGAGAAAUGGGCCAUGCUGGCCGGUCAGGCCGCUUACAAACUCGAAUCCCACAUCUUCCACCAGGUCCUGCCGGAUGAGUUCAUCAAACCUCACAUCUUCCCGAGGAACAUUACAGACAUGGAGGCCCUCAUCAAGAAAUACGGGCAGAGCGGCGAGGCUGCGAGGCUUGAGAAUGCCAAGGGAAAGUGGAAGCAACUUAAGAACCACUGGAGGUGGACUAAAGACCAUACGGCCGCACUUAGCCACAUCAAGUUCGCCUACUUGCACAUUUCAAACCCUCUGGAGGUCAUGAUGAGACUGGAUCGGAACCAGGAAGAAAGCUUAGAAGAAACACGGCAGGCAUUCCAUCAGUCCUUGCCAACUAACCUUGACGAGGCAGGUAACCAGAUCGUUGAGAUGAUGCACGAGGCAAAUCUACUCAAGACAAUGUCUUCCUUUUAAACUAAGUAUCAUUAUAAAAGCACCGGACACUUUUGGUAAUUACUCAAACUUAUAGUUAGCAUCAAAACUUACUUGGUAAACAAGCAAUGGAGAGCUG